AUGACUUCGAGGUCUGAUUUCCAGUCCCUACGAUCCUCAUGCGAGCGUUGCCGUUUUCAAAAACUCAAAUGCACCCCUUUGCACAAAGAACAAGCGAACAAGACGCCGCAGUGCGAAAGAUGUGCUCGUGCAAAAGUUGAAUGCGUAUUCAGCCGGAGAGCACAGGGGAGACGGCACUCUCAGAACCCCCCAUCUAGAGUCUCUCAAACUAAAUGGAAGUCGGGAGACUUUUAUGUUGACACUCUUACACAUUUGCCUCCAGCGAGUGAUACAAGCUUCCUCUCGCCAGAUUCUCCGCAAAUUAGCCCAGCCUUGACAUACAGUAGCUCCGACAGCCAUUUUAAACUCCCUGUGGACGAGAGUAGCAUAGUGGAUGCGAAUGGCGGAUGGCCAAGCUUUAAUGGUGUGGAUUUUAUGGCUUCCUCGACAGGCCCCGACUGGCUGGUUGAAGCGUAUGAGCCAAGAGGCGGUCCGCUCCCGAACCUUGAAUUGGAAGAUCAACUUGAUAUGACAGCAAGUAAAGUUCCAGGAGUCAUCGUACGCCUCUCGGCGCUCGUCAUCGAUAUCAACGACACUGUCGAGACUCUUCAAGGAGGACAGUGGGCUUCUUUGGAAGAUAUCAGUCGCCUUGAAGAGUAUCCCAUAGGCAGCGUCCUGCAGUUAUCCCAGCAGCUCACAUUAAUUCUCGAAGAUACGGCACAUGCACCACCUGCUGAAGUGCCGAAGCGGUCAGCAGAGAAGCCAAUUUCCGAAAGUGAAAACCAAAUAGUAUCGGAGUCAGAGAAUAAUAUGCCUACCCAGCUCCUGAUUUUGUCUUGCUAUAGUGCCCUGACAAACCUCUAUACGAUUGUCUUAACACAUUUUGAGGCACACAUCCGCACACUACCAGAGAACACACGGCUGCCGCUUACGGCUCCAAUUCAGAGCCGAGAGCUUCGACUAGGCGAACUGCCCUCCACGGACGAUACGUGGAGCAAGAUAUGUACAGCUGUUCGACUACUUCUAGCUACCUUGCAGUAUAUAGAGCAUAGUCUCGGCAUUCCAAACUCCCAGCGCGUUGUGAAGGAUAUUUUCCUAAUAGAUGGCAGCCCAGACCUACACAGAGGAGUUAUAGGCGAUAUUACCGCGGCUAUUCCCACCAAAGUUCUUGUUGAAAAGGUUCAGUCCCUGAAGGUACUCUUGCGGGAGAGGAUCAAUCUUUAA